AGACCGGACUGCUAAUGUUAUUUAGCUUUGUAACUUUUCCCAGCUAGCUAUAGAUUUAAACUGAUGAUACACGAAUAACAAAUAUAUUUCAUCUGCAUUCAUGAUUCAUUACUGGACAUGAAAGCAGUUUUAACUCCCUCACUAAUAAACGAAGCUUGAGAUUCCUCGCAGCGAUGAGACGCCAGAGAUCAUCUUCACCGGUGUUCCAGGAUGGUGUGAUGCCCUCGAUGAAAACUCUGCUGUUCCUGUUCAUCCUGACGUGGCUUGUGGUGACGAUCCACUCAGACGAAGAUUAUUAUAAGCUGCUGGGUAUUUCUAGAGAAGCCAGCACUCGGGAGAUUCGACAGGCAUUCAAGAAGCUCGCUCUGACCAUGCAUCCGGACAAAAAUCCUAAUGACGAAACAGCCCAUGAAAAGUUCCUUAAGAUCAACCGUGCGUACGAGGUAUUAAAAGACGAAGACCUGAGGAAGAAAUACGAUAAGUACGGAGAGAAGGGAUUGCAAGACGAGCAGCAGGGAGGCAGAUACGAAAGCUGGAACUAUUACAGAUAUGAUUUUGGCAUUUAUGAUGAUGAUCCAGAAGUGACUACUUUGGACAGGGGAGAUUUUGACGCAGCAGUGAACUCCGGCGAGGUUUGGUUUGUGAAUUUCUACUAUCCCCGAUGUUCCCACUGUCACGAGUUGGCUCCAACGUGGCGGGAGUUUGCGAAAGAGAUGGACGGCGUGAUUCGGAUCGGCGCGGUAAACUGCGGAGACAACACCAUGCUGUGUCGCAGUAAAGGCAUCAGCAGCUACCCGAGCCUGUUCGUCUUCAGAGCCGGCAUGAAUCCAGAGAAAUAUUACGGCGAUCGCGCCAAGUCCAGCCUCACCAAAUUCGCAAUGCAGUAUGUGACAACCAAAGUGACGGAGCUGUGGCAAGGGAAUGUUUUCACUGAGAUCGAACAAGCGUUUGCUGCUAAAAUCGGGUGGCUCAUAACCUUCUGUGCCGACACCGGAGAUUGUUUGGAGUCUCACACGCGACAGAAGCUCGCCGGAAUGUUGAACGGUCUCGUGAAGGUGGGCUGGAUGGACUGCACCUUACACACCGAUCUGUGUAAAAGUUUUGACGUCACGACCAGCGCGACGGCUCUGUUUCCCCCCGGCAGCUCCCUCACACAGGAGGGCAGUGUUCUGUUUCUGAAGACUCUGGAUGUGAGAGAGAUCUUUGCCCAGGUGUUGCAGCACAUGCCUGACCUGGAGAUCCUCACCAAGCAGAGCUUUGAGGAGAAGUUGUCUCGGCACCGAUGGCUGGUCAGUUUUACCUUUGGAGAGAACAGCGCGGCCACCAACGGGUACAAAAAGCUCGGCACUCUGCUCAAAGACUCCCACAUACAGGUAGGCAAAGUGAACUGCGUGUCCGAGGCAGAGCUGUGCACUUCUCUCUACAUCCAGAAGCCCUGUGUGGCUGUUUUUAAAGGCCUUGGCAUCCACAACUACGAGAUCUACCAUGGUAAAGAUGCGCUAUAUAACAUUGUGGCGUUUGCUAAAGAGAGCGUGAGCGCUCACGUCACCACGCUGCGGCCAGAGAAUUUCCCUCGGGAUGAGAAAGAGCCCUGGCUAGUGGACUUCUUCGCUCCAUGGUGCCCCCCGUGUCGCGCCCUGCUUCCUGAACUCAGAAAAGCCUCCGUUCAGCUUCACGGUCAGAUGAAGUUUGGCACAUUGGACUGCACCAUACACGAGGGUCUGUGCAACAUGUACAACAUUAACGCUUAUCCAACCACCGUUAUCUUCAACAAGUCCAGCAUCCACGAGUACGAAGGUCACCAUUCGGCGGACGGCAUCCUGGAGUUCAUCCAGGACCUGGUCAACCCUGCUGUAGUGACGCUGGACCCAGACACUUUCCAGCAGCUGGUGAAGAAGAGGAAACAUACAGAAACAUGGAUGGUGGACUUCUACGCACCGUGGUGUGGCCCAUGCCAGGCUUUGCUCCCUGAGUGGAGGAGGAUGGCUCGGAUGCUGAGUGGAUUGGUUAGUGUGGGAUCGGUGGACUGUCAGAAGUAUCACUCAUUCUGCCAGAGCGAGAGUGUGCGCGCCUACCCUGAGAUUCGUCUCUACCCACAAAAUAGCAACCGACGAGACCAAUUCAAUAGCUACAAUGGCUGGCACAGAGAUGCCCACUCCCUCAAGACAUGGGCACUCAGCUCUCUGCCUCGCGUCUCGGUCGACUUGUCACCCGAGGAUUUUAAAAAGAAUGUUCUGGAAGGAAAGGAGCACUGGGUGCUGGACUUUUAUGCCCCGUGGUGUGGCCCUUGCCAGCAUUUCGCCCCUGAGUUUGAGAUCCUAGCUCGGAUGCUGAAGGGCACAGUGAGGGCAGGAAAGGUAGACUGCCAGGCGCACUAUGAAAUGUGUCAGCGUGCCGGCAUCAGGUCCUACCCCACUGUCCGCUUUUACCCCAACCUCGGCACAGCGCGGAGAGACCAGGGAGGAGAAUACAUCAACAGCCAGAGCGCCAACAUCAUCGCUGACAUCAUCCAGCAGAGACUCCAGCAGCUCGGCAUACACAAGAAACUUAAAUUCAAGGAUGAGCUAUAAAACACUUUUUAAGUCUCCACUCUUCAAUCUGUGACAGAACUUUACACACUUCACGGAUUUACACGCUAAAAGACUUUUCUUGAGCUUUAAAGCGUGUGAAGGGAUUUUUACCUCAACGAGACAUCAUAACGAAAUCCUUAAGCACCAACAGUAUGAUGGUUACUGAAACAAGACCAUGUUUCUGACCCGGUUUUAUCGAGUGUACUGAGGACGUGUAUCGUAUACAGUGCAGUGUCAUAUAUAUAUAUAUACUUGAUGUUUCUCUCAGUAUCUUGGCUGUAAUCAUGAAUCUGGUGUGUUAGUUAUAAUUUUAAUCCCAGUGUUGAGCUGCAGAGUGAGAACAUGGUCAUGAAUAUGUUUUUUAUUUAAUGCUGCUUUCAGGGACGACGUCUGUAUCAUGAAAGGUUUCGCUUCAACUCUGUUUCUACUGAAUCAUUGCAGAAUGGGUUUUAACAGCUAUUACGUUACACGAUCAUUGGCCAAUCAGCAGUCAGGAAAAUAAAUAAUGUACUCUUUUAUUUUCUUGUCCUUUUCACAGUCCCGUACUGCUGUUUUGUACAGAGACAUGGUGUAGAAUAAAUUGGGUUUUCUACAAAUAA